AAACAGGCUGGCAACAGGGGCGCCAUUGAAACUGUUACAACACACUUGUUUGUUACCUUGGUAACGAGAAUCGUGUCCGGAGCGGGCGCAGCAAGUUAACCAACUAAUUGUCCCGUAGUUCGAGAGGCGCAAAGAAAAUGGCUUUGGAUUUAAAGGAUUACUUCCGAACGUUCUAUGAAGAUCAACUGACAGUUCUGCCAGUACCGAUUGAAGCGCACGUGACGGGGGCAACUCGGCUGUUGGACAAGAGGAAUGAGAUGAAGGAGGUGGAACAAGCGCUCGCAGCACAGAAGGAGGAGUUCCAAAUAAGGAUGGAGGGUGCUCGACAGCGCGAGGACAGCCUGACAGGAAAAAAGGAGCAAAUGAAAGAGCAACUUAUUAAAUUCGACACAAUUCUCAAGGAGAAUGAUUCAAAGUGCAGUCGAGCCAAGAAAAAAGCGAGCACUGAUAAGGAGCUUGUUCGCCAGAAGGGCUUGGAGAUUGAGCGUUUGGAAAAGGAGAUCACCACUCUGCAGGCCAGGAAAGAAGUGCUGGAAGAAAGAGUGCAGAGGAAUGCUAUCUACUGGAAUUUCUUAGACAAAGUCAUUAAGAGAUCGAAGAAGUUUGAGGAAAUCCGGGAGCUCCUGGGCCGCACUGACACCCUGGUGCUCACGAGGGCCCAGCUGCUGCAGAAGGACAGUGAGGGGCAGGAGCGCAGGGAAGCCCUGCGGCUGGAGCUGCGCCGCUUUGUGGAGGAACAAGGCAAUCUGGUCCUGCAUCACAAUAACCAGCUGUCAGCUUUACAGACCCAGCUGGACCGCACCCGGAUGCUGGCUUUCAAAUGGGAAAGCACCUGGAACCACAUCCAGUCCACUGCAGCUAAGGAGACCCUCCUGCUGGGACAGAUAAAAGUGGUGACCCUUAAUCUCUUCCACAUGAUGGGUGGGAAGACAGGCCAGGACAAGGCAGUAGCCAUUGAGGACACUGUGCAGCAGCUGGAACAGAUCCAGCUCUUCAUCCAGGACAAGGCUGACAUUGUUAAUGAUCUGAGGAGGGCUAGCUCUGACUCAAAUGGCAACAGCGACAACAAAUAGAGCAAGUUGACCACCCUGUACAUGGCUACUGGACUUUGGCAACAGUACAGCAUCUGAAAAUACAAAGCUGACACUCUGUGGAGGUAUUUUUGUAGCAAAAGUCACAAAUAUGUAAAUGGUUUCACAAAUCUGUAAAUGGGGUUUCACAAAUUUGCAAAUGGUUUCACUAAUAUGUUAACGAUUUCACAAAUACGUAAAUGGUUUCACAAAUAUGUAAAUGGAGUUUCACAAAUAUGUAAAUGGUUUCACAAACAUGUAAAAUGGAUUUACAAAUAUGUCAAAUGUGAGUCGCAAAUAUGUAGACUGGCGUCGCAAAUAUGUAGAAUGGGUUCACAAAUAUGUAAAACACAAGUUUCAGUUGUGCUAAUGGGCUAAUGCAAACGAUUUGGUGAUAACUUUUCUCAACUUAUCUCAGGGAUAUUCUUUCACCAGGUUUACAGUGUUCUAUAUUGAACUUCAUGCGUGGAGAACUGAUUUUAAAUGAAAUACUGUACAGUGCUGUGUAUUUACAAGGGACUGAUACUUUUUAGGCUGAAUGUAUGAGAAUGUCACACAGUCAACACCCAUCAGAAUCAGCACCCCUCCAUUACUGAGGCUCUUAGUGCAGGCACCCUGUUACUUACCAGCUAUAUUUAUGUUAUUCAUAUUUUUGUCAUAUCUAUAUUUAAAAUAUAACACAAAACAGGUAAUGUUUUGAAUCAGUUGAUACUGUUUAAGCACAUUUUCUUUUAGCAAUGUGUAUCUUGUAUACCCUCCCUAUAGUGCCAUCUGCUUAUUGGCAAUUUCAUCCUUUGGUUUUAGUUUGGAGGAAGGAGCAAUGUAUUGUCAUUUACUAAAGUUCCAGAACACUGACCACACUAAAGCAUUGGGUUAAAUAGAUUUGGCA